AUGGCGAAAGACCAGGAAAAGCGUGAUCGUGGCAAGGGUCGAGGAGGCCAAGGCCAGUCCCGCGACGUGCAGAUCUCCAAGGCGCUGAGUCUGCUCCUGCGACACGCAGCAGAGAAAGAAGGACUCAAAAUGAAUGCGCAGGGUUACGCAAACGUAGCCGACGUACUGCAAUGGCGGAAGUUGAAAUCCAUUAAAUGUACCUUCGACGAAGUCAAACAUGCCGUCGAUUCCUCCGACAAGAAGCGCUUCGCACUCCUCCACAUCCCCUCCUCGCAUCCUACCGAAUCUACAACCCAGGCGACUACAGUCCCCGGAUCAGAUCCCAUCGAUGACACGACCGUCCUAGGAAAACCCACCACAAGCCAAGAGCAGACCGAUGCAACACAGCAGGCACUUUCCGUGACAGAUACCGAUCCCGCAAACUACCUCAUUCGCGCAUCGCAAGGCCACAGCAUCAAAAGCGUAGAUGCGGCCUCAUUCCUCGAACCCCUUUCCCUGGACGACGAAUCCAAGCUCCCAGAGACAGUUGUCCAUGGAACUUUCCAUGGUGCAUGGCCUCUUAUUCUGCAGUCGGGCGGACUACGCUGUAUGAAUCGCAACCAUGUACACUUCGCCACGGGCCCAUCUCUCGAAUCAGUACUUGCGGCUCAGGAGACGGCGACUUUUAAGCAGGGAGCGGAGAAGACGGUGAUUUCGGGAAUGCGGGGGGAUGCUCAGGUUUUGAUCUAUAUUGAUAUUCGGAAAGCGCUCAAGGCUGGAUGUCCGUUCUGGCGCAGUGAAAAUGGGGUUAUUUUGAGCGAGGGAUUACCUGAUGAAUCUGGCGUACAGAGGGUUCCCGUGGACUUUUUUGAUGUUGUCAUUGAGCGGAAGCUUAAGAUGGGCAAGAUUUGGGAGAAGGGGGAGGAGUUACAGGAGUUGCCGGCCAAUUUGACGAGUAAGGGAACUCCGAAGAAUAGGCGAUAA